UUCCUGCUUGGGCCCUGCCCGGAGCAGCCACCCGGGAAGCCGACCUCGGGGACCGCAGCUCCCCCCGCCCGUCCCCUCCGCUAGGAUGGCGGAGGAGAUCAUCACGCCCGUGUACUGCACAGGGGUGUCUGCCCAAGUGCAGAAGCAGCGGGCCAAGGAGCUGGGCCUGGGCCGCCAUGAGAACGCCAUCAAGUACCUGGGCCAGGAUUAUGAGCAGCUGCGAGCAAGAUGUCUGCAGAGUGGGGCUCUGUUCCGAGAUGAGGCCUUCCCCCCAGUGCCCCAGAGCCUGGGCUUCAAGGAACUGGGUCCUAACUCCUCCAAGACCUAUGGCAUCAAGUGGAAGCGUCCCAUGGAGCUGCUGUCAAACCCCCAGUUUAUAGUGGAUGGAGCCACUCGCACGGACAUCUGCCAGGGCGCGCUGGGGGACUGCUGGCUCCUGGCCGCCAUCGCCUCCCUCACGCUGAACGACACCCUCCUGCACCGAGUGGUCCCCCAUGGCCAGAGCUUCCAAGAUGGCUACGCGGGCAUCUUCCAUUUCCAGCUGUGGCAAUUCGGGGAGUGGGUCGACGUGGUCGUGGAUGACCUGCUGCCCACCAAGGAUGGGAAGCUGGUGUUCGUGCACUCUGCCCAAGGCAACGAGUUCUGGAGUGCCCUGCUUGAGAAGGCCUAUGCCAAGGUGAACGGCAGCUAUGAGGCCCUGUCGGGCGGCAGCACCUCGGAGGGCUUUGAGGACUUCACAGGUGGGGUCACCGAGUGGUACGAGCUGCGGAAGGCGCCCAGCGACCUCUACCAGAUCAUCCUCAAGGCGCUGGAGCGAGGCUCCCUCUUGGGGUGCUCCAUCGACAUCUCCAGUGUCCUGGACAUGGAAGCCGUCACAUUUAAGAAGCUGGUGAAGGGCCAUGCGUAUUCGGUGACUGGGGCCAAACAGGUGAACUACCAGGGCCAGAUGGUGAGCCUGAUGCGGAUACGGAACCCCUGGGGCGAGGUGGAGUGGACGGGAGCCUGGAGUGAUGGCUCCUCAGAGUGGAAUAAUGUGGACCCCUAUGAACGGGAACGACUGAGGAUCAAGAUGGAAGAUGGGGAGUUCUGGAUGUCUUUCCGAGAUUUCAUGCGAGAGUUCACCCGCCUGGAGAUCUGCAAUCUGACGCCAGACGCACUCAAGAGCCGGACGAUCCGGAACUGGAACACCACGCUGUAUGAGGGUACCUGGCGUCGGGGGAGCACCGCAGGUGGCUGCCGGAACUACCCAGCCACCUUCUGGGUGAACCCCCAGUUCAAGAUCCGGCUGGAUGAGGUGGAUGACGAAGAUGACUAUGGGAGUCGCGAGUCGGGCUGCAGCUUCGUGCUGGCGCUCAUGCAAAAGCACCGCCGUCGCGAGCGCCGCUAUGGCCGGGACAUGGAGACCAUUGGCUUUGCUGUGUACGAGGUUCCCCCGGAGCUGGUGGGCCAGCCGGCCGUGCACUUGAAGCGAGACUUCUUCCUGGCCAACUCCUCCCGGGCGCGCUCAGAGCAGUUCAUCAACCUGCGGGAGGUCAGCACCCGCUUCCGCCUGCCCCCCGGAGAGUAUGUGGUGGUGCCCUCCACCUUCGAGCCCAAUAAGGAGGGCGAUUUCGUGCUGCGCUUCUUCUCAGAGAAGAGUGCCGGGACCCAGGAGCUGGAUGACCAGAUCCAGGCCAACCUUCCUGAUGAGCAAGUGCUCUCUGAAGAGGAGAUUGACGAGAACUUCAAGGCCCUGUUCCGGCAGCUGGCGGGGGAGGACCUGGAGAUCAGCGUCAAGGAGCUGCAGACCAUCCUCAACAGAAUCAUUAGCAAACACAAAGAUCUGAGGACUAAAGGCUUCAGCCUGGAGUCAUGCCGCAGUAUGGUGAACCUCAUGGACCGUGAUGGCAACGGGAAGCUGGGCCUGGUCGAGUUCAACAUCCUGUGGAACCGCAUCCGGAAUUACCUGUCCAUCUUCCGGAAGUUCGACCUGGACAAGUCGGGAAGCAUGAGUGCCUACGAGAUGCGCAUGGCCAUUGAGUCCGCAGGCUUCAAGCUCAACAAGAAGCUGUACGAGCUCAUCAUCACCCGCUACUCUGAGCCUGACCUGGCCGUUGACUUCGACAAUUUUGUGUGCUGCCUCGUGCGGCUGGAGACCAUGUUCCGGUUUUUCAAAACGCUGGACACAGAUCUGGAUGGAGUUGUGACCUUUGACCUGUUUAAGUGGUUACAGCUGACCAUGUUUGCAUGAGGCGGGACUUGCCCCCCCCCACUUUGCUGCACCCCUCCUUUCUUCAUCUGCCAAGCCACACCGGGCCUCACCAGCUGCAAGUGCCUUCCUUGGAGCAAGAAGGUGUCCUUCUCCAGCCUCCUGUCCCCUGCGCUGCCAUAUUCACGUGCUCUGGGCUGAGCUGCGAGGCCUUCACUUCCUCUCCGGCCAUGGGCUCAGGACGGACCCGUGGCAGGCCAAACCUGGAAGGCAGAUGGCUGCUUACUCCUGCUUCAGGCCUCCUUGGGCGGGGGGAGGCUAGCAGCUCCCUCUCCAACAUCUUGAUGCACCCCUUCUCACUCCAUAGGUUCCCCCCCCAUACCCUCUCCUGGCCUCACCUGCAGACUUUGUAACCACUAGCUCUGCACAUUCUGCUCCAGAUGUGUGAGCCCCCUCCCUGUUCUGGGGGAGCCUCCCUUUCCCCCCUCCGGGUGGGGAGGGCUGAGAUCGCCUGUGCCUUCCUGUGCAGAAGCCAAUGUCCUCCCUGCUCUGCAGACCCCUCUUCCCAGCCCCCCCCCCCGGAGCUGCCCAGCCCCAGGGUGCUCAGGCAUUCGCCCCUCCUCUCCUUUUUUAUAUAUAUAUAUAUUGGUGAUUUUAAAGGGGACUCUUCAGGGACUGGUUAUGGGGUGCCAGAGGAACUAGGGUUGGGGGAAGGAGGUCCCAUGUUUCCAUGCAGAGGAAUCCCAAAUAAUAAUAAAGGAAAAAGGCCUCACA